GUAAAGCCAAGAAGGAUAAUAAGGGCAUUUUUUAAUUUCUUGGUUCUAAUUUCUUUGGCAUAUUUUUCCCUUAUCCUUUUAUACUACUUUCAAUGGCUGAAGAGGCUCCAGACUCCUCUUUCAUUCCCAGUAUAAUUAGGAGAAGCACCUUUCCUCCAGGCUUUGUUUUUGGUUCUGCAUCAUCUGCUUAUCAAUAUGAGGGUGCUGCUUUUGAAUAUGGGAGAACACCAAGUAUUUGGGAUACAUUUACUCAUGAACACCCUGAGAGAAUUGAUGAUGGCAGUAAUGCAGAUGUAACUGUUGAUCAAUACCAUCGAUACCCGGAAGAUGUUAACCUUAUCAAGAAAAUAGGUUUUGAUGCAUUUCGAUUCUCAAUUUCAUGGUCCAGAGUCUUGCCAACGGGAAAGCUUUGUGGUGGUGUGAAUCAAGAAGGAAUUGACUAUUACAAUAGACUCAUCAAUGAUCUCAUUUCAAAAGGCAUCCAACCAUAUGUAACAAUUUUCCAUUGGGAUGUUCCUCAAGCUUUAGAAGAUGAAUAUCUAGGCUUCUUGUCCGAACAAAUUAUAGAUGAUUAUCGAGACUUUGCUGAGCUUUGCUUCAAAGAGUUUGGAGAUAGAGUGAAACACUGGAUCACUUUUAACGAGCAAAAUAUCUUUGCAUCAUAUGGCUAUGCAACUGGGAUAUUUGCACCCGGCAGAGGCUCUUCUUCGAAACAUUUUGAUUAUCUGUGUGGAGAUUCUGAGCAUAAACCACAUAUUGGUCUUGUACCACGUAGAGGCUUCUUUUGGAAAUUGUUAGACUGUGAACUCGAGGGAAAUCCUGGAAUUGAACCGUAUAUUGUUGGUCACAACCAAAUUCUCGCACAUGCUGCUACGGUCAAACUUUACAAGUCUAAAUAUGAAUAUCAAAAUGGUCAAAUUGGAGUGACAUUGAAUACGGAUUGGUAUGUCCCAAAUUCAAAUCAUGACGAAGAUGUUAAAGCUGCAUCUCGGGCUCUUGAUUUUUCUCUUGGGUGGUUUUUGCAUCCUUUGGUGUAUGGAGAUUAUCCAGCCAGCAUGAGAGAACUUGUGAAGGAGAGAUUGCCCAAAUUCACAGAAGAUGAAGUUACAUUGGUGAAAGGGUCAUAUGAUUUUCUUGGAAUAAAUUACUAUACAGCUAAUUAUGCAAAAAAUAAUCCCAAUGUUGAUCCUAACAAACCAAGCCAAGUCACUGAUGCACAUGCUGAUGUUUCAACUGAUCGAGAUGGAGUUUCUAUUGGUCCAAAGGUUCGUAAAGAUUCUUGGCUUGCAGUUUAUCCAGAAGGACUGAAAGAUCUUAUGAUACAUAUAAAGCAUCAUUAUAAAGAUCCAACCAUCUACAUAACAGAAAAUGGAUAUCUUGACUAUGAUGAUCUCGACGUUGAGAAAUUACUUAGAGACGAGGGUAGAGUUAAAUACUACCAACAACAUCUCAUCAAACUUCAUGAAUCAAUGAAGGCUGGAGUAAAGGUAAAGGGAUAUUUUGCAUGGACAUUACUGGAUGAUUUUGAAUGGUCAAGAGGAUAUACUCUGCGGUUUGGAAUAAACUACAUUGAUUUCAAAAACGGAACUUUGGAUCGAAUCCCAAAACUCUCGUCAAAGUGGUUCUCCCAUUUCCUACGCAGUUGAAGAUGAUUCACAACCCCAUCAAAACCUAUCUGCUAAGGCAUUAUAAUAAAGCCUCCUUAAAAGCUAUUUCCUAAAUGCCAUUAUAAUAAAUCCUUAAAGCUAUUUCCUAAGGCAUUAUUAUAUUUUAAUGUUGUUUUGUUUUUUAUAUUGCAAUCUUGUUAUUUUAAUGUUUUGGGUCAAUAGAACAAAUUACCUAAGCUAUUGUGUUGUUUGGAUUGAGAAUAUAUAUGCUGCUUUCGUUUA